AUGUGUGCAGCCAGCGCCCGUCCGCUCCAACCGCUAGGCGACGUCGACGGGAGCGGAAGAAAGAAGAAGGCGAAGAAGCAGCUUGCAGAGCAGUCAAAGCCGCCGCCAAAGGUAUGGAUGUCCAAUAUCAUCCCGCUCAACCUGGAGGAGAAUCCGGCGAGUGGUCGUGGCCGCUACUCUUCCAUGAGCGUGCUGGAGCCUGUCAUGCGGAUCGAGCGUACCGGCGACAUCGAGUCGGCGACUAAUCCUCCGAGCGGCGGAUCCGAGGCCUCAUACCGCAUCGUGGUCACUUUCAUCUUUGAGGUUGCUAUCUCAGGAUUUGACCAGGGCUUCCAAAAGCACAACCGCUUCUUCGACUCUGUUUCCCUGCGGUAUCUCUUCCGCCACGGCGAGGAGGUCGAUCUGCGGCCGCUGUCCGACUCUGCCCAACACGGUAUCACCGUCACCAACACGCGAGACAAGUUGAACUCCAUCGACGCCGGCAUGUCUGCUGGCAUGGUCACUGCCGUGGCACCCACGCUGAGUGUCCAGGCCCAACGCGACUUCAAGCUGACCUACCAACGCAGCAUGAACAGCUGGCGCAUGGGUCUCUCCUUCGAAUCCUGUGAGCAGUCCAGCCUCGCGAACGGGAGCCAGCGUGCGCUGACUCUGUCCAAAGACCCUGUUCCAAGGCCGGAACGAUCAUGUCUGCCGUUGACAUCCAUUCUGGCUGCUCACCUGGUAUCCAGACAGCAAGCACGACCGAAGCGAGACCGGAAAAUCUACAGCUCUUCUGGGCAGGACCUGCGACAGAAACACUUCUUUCAGGUGCUGUCACCUCACAGACAGGACUGCCAUUGUCGGCCAAGCCGGCAUAGCGGUUGUCCACUUAAAUAUCGCCACCAGCGCCGCCACCAAUAUUACAACCGUGCCGCCCACUGGUUCUGGCAGACCGAGGCUUCUCUACGCCUGUGGACGCCCGAGAUCUACAGCAGCUUCCGCUGUCCCAUUACUGUGAUGCGUGAGGUGCCCGUGGCCGUGGCCGACAGAGUGCGCCGCAUCGAAGACUUGCGGCCUCUUCUCCACUUCGACUUUGAGGUCGACACCCGUCUGCGUGUUCUCGGCUGUGGCCUCAACUUCUUCAAGAACGCCGUCAAGCCAGCCGAGCUCCGUGCUCAGACCGACACGGGACAGCAGCUGCCCGGAGAUCACGUCCGCUUCUGCAUCACCUGCUGCGCUGAGAAUAUCAGCUGGCCGCAGCAUCCGACACGAAAUCUACAGGCCGAGGCCGAAGAGGCUCUCGGACCUGGGCCGAACCCGAGACGGCUGCAGACAAACGAAGAGUUUAGCGUUUCUCUCAGGCAAAGAGGCGUGAAGCGGACACGCACUGCACACAGCCGUCUGAUGGACGAUAGCAGUUCCCGCUCUCCUCUUUUCGAACGCUUCAAUUCACCAUUCCAGCAGCUGUCUUCCUCCUUCAGUUCUCACCAAUCAUCGCUGCCUCACGGGCCAUCAUUCUCAGGGGACUUCGUGUUAGGGGCCGACAGACUACCGCCGCCUACCGUGGCCGACGUGGAGAUUUCGCCAGCCUGCUCGCGACGAUGCUUCGUGCCUGAUCGUGGUUUAUUGCGGCGUGACGGCGGCGCGGCAAAUGCCGGCUCGACACAAGCACCGCCGAAGCUUGUCGCGGACGAUUGGAGGUGGACGCCAGCAGGUCGGUCACCAGAGAGGAUAGAUCUGCACAACGUUGAGGAAGCCUAUCAGCGGUCCGAUCACAACCCGAGCAGCGCUGACCGGAGACGACAUUAUCGCACAAGUGAGGACAAAGGCCCUAGGCCGGUGCUCCGAAGACGGACGAGUUUGGAAUUGCUGCUUGCGCGAGAGCGGAGAAGGAGCCCAGAUGGUCAUAAAGAUACAGAAUGGAGGCGGGAAGGACAUGAGCCCCCAAAUUCAGGAAGGCAACAAGUGCGCUUUCAGCCUUCGGAAUAUACAGAUAGUAGGCGAUAG